UAUAAUGAUGUUCGCAUAUAUAUAAAUACGUAGGAUACAAAUAUAGUCGUGAAAUAAAUAAUCACAUUUCUGACGUUUCGCGUCUGCAUGGCGAUGCGCGCGAGAUACGACUCCGUGUGCUGAUCAGCUGAUUGAGGUUUUUCUAUUCGAAAGUUCAAGUCACAGUUCACGUUAUUGUUUCGUUAUUAUUUCGACGCAACAUAAGACUCUUUCGCAAAAAUUACUGCCUGUAAAUAUAUUAUUACGAAGCAAGCCGUCUUGAUCAUCGUUCAAGAAUGACACAAGAACUAUCUGGUGUAACCAUAGUGAUAUUUAUAGCAGCAGGUGUUUUGACAAUAUUGUUACUGUUUAUCUUUGCAAAACGGCAGAUCAUGAGGUUCGCUCUGAGAUCUCGUCGGGGCCCUCAUGUUCCUAUAGGACACGACACGAAAAAGUCUUUGAAAAAGGAAAUAGAAAGAAGAAUAGAAGUGAUACCUAGAAUCCAAUAUGAACCGCAACUCAUCAGUGAUUCCAGAUACAUUUUAACUUCAGGAGGCCAAGCUCCACCACAUUAUUAUAGACUGAAAGCGGUUGAUGAUGUUAAAACCUUAGAAACUGAAAUUACAAAGUAUGACAAUUGUUUGAAGAGACAUCCCUCAGAAAAUCUAAGAGCCUACUUGCUCACUACAUUAGCCACUCCAUUGAAUGGAAGUGGCCAGCGUUUGAUUCAUCAAUUCUGUGAUUUGUAUGAACACGCCAGACACGAUCCUACCGAAUUUGGUGAUGAAGAAUAUCAAGUGUAUACUCGUUUAUUCCUGAAAUUAAUGGAUGCGGCACGUUUAUUGAAAUCAUAUCCAAGCAGUAGAAAGUCUAGUCCCAGUCGUACGCCAAUCAAAAAGAAUGUAGAAACGAAGAGAAAUAUCCUGGAGCCUAGGAUGCGUCCGCCCGAAGAACAAAUACUAACUGGUUCCAGACCGAAUACUCUAACCGUUAUGACGUUAGACAACAGUGAGACGUCCGUGUAGCAUUAUGAGUGUCGUCACAUACAACAUAUGUGACGAGGAAAUUAUAGAUAGGUAUGGCACUGAAAUAAUUUCCAUUACACUAUACGUAAAUGGAGAACGUCCGAUUUAGUUAAGGAUCAUCAAUAUGCAUUUUUAUUUUUACAUUAAAUAUCUAAAGUCACUAUUUUAUUCAAGUUAAGUGUCAACAGUAUUAUCGAAUAACGCGUAUUUUAUAGACAACGAGUAACUAAGUUUCUUUUUAACUUGUUUAAUAUUUGUAUUUAUAUAAAUUUACAUCUAAAUACGAAAAAAUCAGCCUUAUAAAAUAGUCUUCAUAUUUGUCGCAUUGACAUCGCUUGUAAAAAAUUUAAAUAUGAUAUUGAUGUAUAUAAAAACAGCACACAGUCGUCGAAUUAGAAAAUUUAUAAUGGAAUAGAAUUUUUUAACGCGUCAUUUGUUGUAUAUAAUUCUUCAGGUGACGGUAACACUAAGUAAUAAUUGCUAAUUGUGAUUCAUUAAAUUUUUUGACUUUGAAUAAUUUAAUUAAAAUUUAUACACAUUUAAUCACAUAGAAUUAUAUAUCUAACGAAAUUCAGAAAAAAUGUCUAAAGCGAUUAAAAGAUAAUAGACUCGUUCUGUUUUUUCGAAUGAUUAUCUUUUAACAGUGACGAAUUAACACAUAUCUUUUUCUACGCAUUAUAGUUUAAUCGUAAAAAAUUUUUAAGAAUUUAACGAAUUGUAUGUAACGAACGAUAUGUAUGUAUAUAGCUGUCAAGCCUUGAUAUGAUUAUUUAAUAGCAAUAAAGCAGAAAUAUUUGAGUAGAGUGUCAGCUAUACUUAUAAAUGUUCAUUACAGUUGUAGGAUUUAUGAUAGGGAUUAUUGAUGAAGUACAAGGCUGAGCGUAAAAUAAGAAUAAGUAUCAAAUGGAUAAAUCGUUUCAACACAAAACCUUCCUUUUUUAUACAAAAUAUUUAAUAUAAUUAUAAAAAAAUACAUUUUAUUUAUUUACAACAA